AUGGUGUGCUACAACCAGGACCUAGACACGCCCCUGCUUGACCACCGUCACCCGUCGUCCAUCCUGACCAAACCAGCAGCAGCAAGACCCUCGUAUCCCCACAAACCUCGAUCCAAACGCAAUGGGUCCCGAACCAAGCCAUCCCCGGCACUCUUCACCGGUCCCUCCUCCUUGACCCUCGAGUCUUCCUUCCGCAUCGACACGACCUGCUCUCGCAAACACGUCGACUCGCUCCUGCUCGAUCUUGCCGCCAAUCUGAUCGGACGCAACGUCCCGUUCCAUUCACCCUUUGGCAUCAAAGCUCAGGUCUAUGCUGACUACACUGCAAGUGGCAAGUCGCUCGAGUGCAUUGAGCGCUUUAUUCACGACCACGUCCUUCCCACGUACGGGAACACGCACACGACCACGUCCGUCUCGGGACUGCAAACCACGUCCUUUCGAGAAGAAGCUCGACAGCUCCUUGCUCGAGCGACGAACGCCCACGACGCCAAAGACGUCGUUAUCUUUGCCGGUCAAGGCUGCACCAGUGCCAUCAACAAACUGGUAACCGCGCUAGACAUCAAUCGAGGGCGUCGUCGCCACCGGGCAACGAAACGACCCGUGAUCUUCACGUGUCCGUUCUCGCAUCACUCGAACCUCCUGCCGUGGCGAGAGAGUCCGUGCGCCGACGAGGUGCCGAUCCCGGAAGCUGACGGCGGGGGCCUCGACCUCGACGAGCUCGAACGGCAGCUGCAACUGCAUCAGCAUCGGCGUCUUAAGAUCGGGUCGUUUGCGGCAGCUUCGAACCUCACGGGGAUGUUGAUCGACGUGGACAAAGUGUCCAAGCUCCUGCAUCAAUACGGAGCCCUCGCCUGUUGGGACUAUGCUACGUGCGCCCCUUACGUGGACAUGGACAUGAACCCGAAGAACGACCCGGCAGCAUACAAGGAUGCUAUCUUUUUCUCCGGACACAAGUUCAUCGGAGGUCCCGGGUCUCCUGGUGUACUAGUAGUCAAGAAGCAGUUGCUGAAGAACGAGGUGCCGACGAUGCCAGGUGGAGGCACCGUCCUCUUUGUCACGGAGAAAGCUCACAGUUACUUGAGUAACCCGGUCGAGCGGGAAGAAGGAGGGACCCCCGAUAUCCUUGGGAGCAUCCGGUUGGGACUAGCUUUCCAGCUUAAGCAGCGCGUUGGACCCGAACGGAUCAUGGACCUCGAGCGGCACCACGUCCGUCAGGUCCGUAAAUCCCUCCGUCGGAACCAGAACAUCCUCGUGCUUGGUCGACAGAGUGACGACGUGGAUCAGCUGCCGAUCUUCUCCAUGCUGUUCCGCUUCGGAGACCGUUUCCUGCACCACAAUUUCGUCUGUGCUUUGCUCAACGACUUGUUUGGCGUGCAAGCAAGAGGAGGGUGUCAAUGUGCCGGUCCCUUUGGCUCGCGCUUGCUUGGGCUCAGUCGUCAGCACAUUCUCGACCUCGGACACGCAGUGAAUGCCAAGCACGAGGUUCUCAAACCAGGUGUCGCCCGCAUGAGCUUCCCGUACUUUGCCGAUACGGACGAGGUCAACUACGUCCUGGAUGCAGUGCACUUUGUUGCUGACCACGGCUGGAAGUUCCUCCCGCAGUACCGCUUCAGCUGCCGUACAGGAGGCUGGCGACACGAGUCGAGGGUGGAGGUGGCGUUCCCGGACAAGAAACACUUGACGGAAAUGCAGCUCGACGACGUGGAAAACGUCAAGCACUCGUCAAGUGUCCGGGUCCCCCUUCGCAACGUCGCGGCUCACCGACGGCUCAAUCUCGAGCAAGCUCUGGAGUUUGCGAACCAAUCGAUCGCGGAUGCAGCAAGAGGCGAUUUCUCCGAGACGGAGCGAGUUGCAGAGGCUUAUGAGGGACUGCGGUGGUUCGCCUACCCUUCGGAAGCGGUCGCUGCUUUCCAGGAACAAGGGGUCAAACCUCGUCUUACGAGUGAAAUCAGCGGCCCCUGUCAACCGCAGCGCUACUUUGAUCCAGCGAUUAACCACGUCUGGGAUGGUGUGCCGACGUUAGCGUUCAUGAAGCGUCAUCCGGUAAGGAUGGCGGCGCAGAUGCUCCUGGCUCGCUGCUGUUUACCGGGUCAGAGUUCUCCGUAUUUGAUCGACAUGACACCGGCCUCGGAUUCCGAUAUUGACAGUACCAGUGACACUGGCAGUGAGGAUGGACACUAA